CUAACCAAAUUUCAUAUGAAUAAAACUUUUUCAGAUCAGCAGAUAAAACUAAUUGGAACUUUGGGUGUUGGUAAAGAUUUACAGAAAUUUCAAUGCAUUAAUAACACAAUUUGCAAAGCAGAUAACUACAACUUGAUUAUUAAACCAAUCGACGGUAGUUUGAAAAUAACAUGGGAUACGGAAAUCAGCGAUGAAGUUUUCUCAGAUUGCUUCGACCUCAAAGGUGCAAAUUGGUACGGAGGACCACAGAGAAGAGUACAAAGUUGGCCAUUGGAAAAUAUGAACAUUGACGGCAGGGAACCAUACGUUAUCAAAAGAUCAGAUAACUUUGGCGUUGCUGAAAGAUACUGGUUGAGUUCCAAAGGUGUCUCCAUCUAUCUGGACGAGACGGUUCCAUUAUUUGUCGACCAGAAUUCCGAAUCAAAGAGCGUUUGUUUCAUUGCCAAGAGAGAAAAUCCAUACAGUGCCAGAAAUAGGGUUUGUAAAUUUCCUCUAUACUUUCCUGAAUAUCUUCAAUUAUGAUAAAAUAGUGGAAAA